CUUUCUCUUCUUCACCGCGCCUGCUCGCAGCUCGACCUAGUCUCUCGGAAAUCUCCUUCUCGCUCUCGCCCUCUUUCGCGCACGAUCACUAUGGAACUCUCUCUUGUCAACUUGGGAACCAAAAAGGAAUAUGCGUUUGAAAUACCUUCCAAAUGCAAAGCAAACGUGACCAAUCGGUGCAACCUCAACGUUGUCAGAAAAGUAUUUGACAAUUUAAACGAUGCACAUCAAGAUCGAUUUGCAGAGUCUUGCUUCCGGCCACUAAUAAAUAUUACCGAGAUCAUAUUGUCCUCCCAAAUAGUCCACCAAGUACUUCGUAGGACAUUGAAAGCGUCCGAAAAUGACAAAGAUGCCGUGUGGUUCAGAUUUGGGGAAAAAGAAGCUAGAUUCGGGUUACAAGAGUUUUCUCUUGUAACUGGAUUUAAGAUUGCAGCGGAUGAUGAAAAUGCGUACGAGGUCCCCAAUAAUAACAGUUCGCUUUUGCAACUGUUCAAGAAGAAGAAGGGGAAGAUCAAACGCAAGUUGGAGACUCUAGUAGAUGAAAGAUGGUUUAAUUUAGUUGAAGAUUUAGAAAAAUUCAACAGUUAUCCUUGGGGCAACUUGUCGUAUCAGCAGACUGUAAAGUUGUUCAAGCGGACCUCUUUCGGGAAGGGAAAAAAUCCAGAGUCCAUAAACUAUUCUUUGCAUGGAUUUCCCCUGGCUAUUAUGAUUUGGGCAUUUGAGGCGCUACUCGACUUAGGAAGAGAAUUUGCCCAAUUAAAUACUGGUGUCCAACUUCCAAGAAUGUACUGUUGGAAAAUGGAGAAACAGUUGCGAGGCGAGCUGCUUACUACUUUUUUCGAGAGGGCGGAGAUUCAAGUUCGACGAACAUUGGAACCCUCUUCAUAUGAAUGUGAGUCUUCGUAUUUCAACGAAUUGGGUAUAAUUGUCGAGGAAGAAGUGAGGAAAGUGGUGAAGGACGAGGUGAGAAAAGUGGUGAAGGAGGAGAUGAACAAUUUGUUUGAGAGAAUGAAGAAUGAGUUUUUUGAAGCAAAAGAUAAACCAUCUAGCCGUGCUACUUAUGAUGUGCCAAAUGAUGAUCCGGAUGUUGAGGUGGAGAAAAAUGUGCGGGAUACGGAGACCGUUGAAUGUGACACGAUGAAAUCACCAUCUCAGAAGUCCGAGCAAGAAAUGGCAGGACUUCAUGGAUUUGAUACGGGUUUUGUGACCGACCCGUCAUCAACCAUUGUUGUGUACCAAGAGAGACAACCGCCGACACCAAUCGAGAUAGAGGACACCGUUGAAGAUCUUGAGUCUCCUAAAGGGAGAGGGCACCGGAAGAAAAGAAAGGCCGCCGUUCUAUGUACUCCGUGGAGGAAUAUUGAAAAAAGGAAAAAAUUUUCAACUGUGACGGAGUACGACCCUUAUAGGCCAGUGGAUCUAGCUAAACUUGAAGAUCUCCAAACCUGGUUGUCGAGCUACCCUGAAAGUGCUGAAGUUGAGUUGUCAUGUGGUGGUGGUCGAGCACGUAAAGUUUUUUUUAAUCAACUUGUGAGCGAUGGAUGGCUUACUAGUGUGCAUGUAGAUGAAGCGCUUUUUCAAUUUCGAGAGCGUGGUAAACAGUUCCCUCUCUUGUUUAGACAAGAUUGUGCUGUCUUGGACACGGUUUUUGUCUCGUACGUGAGAAAAUUCUUCAAAGACAUGUCGAAGACUAAAAAUUUUCCGAAGGCCUUGCGUAGUUACGCCGCAGGGGGGAUACCCAGUAAUGGAAAGCCGUGGGCUGGUUGUACGAAAUUGUAUGUUCCUUUCUGCAAAGAGGGCGGUGGCCACUGGAUCGCACUGGAGAUUGAUCUAUCCCAUAGAUGCAUUUACGUCUAUGAUAGCGAAACAAGUGUCAUGCGGAGGGCAGAACUGGAGAGGCAACUUGAGCCCAUUCGAGUUGUCGUACCGAUGCUACUGGCACAGCUGAAUGCCAAUUACAGUGGUGAAAAGUUUGAGUACAAACGGUUGACAUCUCCUAGCCAAAGCAAUGGGUUUGAUUGUGGGAUGUUUACUAUCAAGUUUAUAGAAUUUUUGCAUGCUGGGAAGAAUGUUGAAGGCGUCGAUCAAUCUCGGAUUAGUGAUUGGCGUGUUAAACUAGCGUCUGAAAUAUUUGGUGCUCAUUUUGAUCCAUAG